AUGGCUUCAUCAUCAAAAACAAAAUCUAGAAACGCAGCGUUUUCAUCUCCUUCACCAAAUUUCGCUUCUUCCACAAGCUCUUCCACUUUUUUCAACAAACCACACACUCACACUCACCAUCAUCAUCAACGAUCGGCUUCACCUACACGUGUCAACCUCUCCACCGGUUCACUCUCCAACUUCCGGUUUUCCAUCGAUCAACGCUCCAUUUCUCCAAACCGAACCGUUCCAAGCCACGUCAUCAGCAAGAAGAAUCACCACCACCACCACAAUCACCCGAAGAAAACAUGCAUGUGUUCACCGACGACGCAUCCUGGUUCGUUCCGUUGCAGUCUACACAAGAACAGCGGUUCAAAUUCAAAUUCACUCCAUCACGCUGGAUCGUAUCCGUCGAAUCGGCUCAACAUGCGUAGAUCAGCGAUGAAGAAUUCACUAGUGAGAAUCGGUGGAGUUGAAGGCGAGUGGGUGAAACGCGCGUUAACCGCUUUGAUUCGUCCUUCUUCGCAUCAACAAAAGAGGAGAGACGCGUUUGAACCUAGAUCGAGUCGGUUAUCCGUCAUGUGUAAGGCUGAUGAGUGA